AUUUACGUAGCGCGCGAAUAGAAUGUAACAAGUGAAGAUAAAAAACCCUGCCUUCACCCUAAUCUUUUGCAGUCCAGUCUCAAGGAGGUCGCGUUUUGAAAUUAGCGUGAUAGACAUCAUCGUAAUCUUAAUAUUUAUAUGAUUUAAAAUCUGCAGGAUAAACCCUGCCAUAUCAAUGGUAAUGGCGAACAAACUUGCUGGUAGGCGGGAACUACUGGACCGUUGGAGAGGCAUCGCGGAAGAAGAGGAGAACGACGAUGACGAUCAUGUUGAUUCCUCCAAGAGUCGUAACCUCCACCUCCUCAAACAACAAUGGUUUGCAGAUGCAUAUAAUUUUCUAAUUUGUUUGCCUGGUGGAAGUCAUAUUUGGUGUGGCUUUUCGGAUAUAAUGGGACCGCUUUUGGAGACUUUUUACAAUUACUUCAAAAAUGAUUGUCAAGAUUCACCUCUGAGGCUGUUAUGGAAGAGAAUAUCUGAUGAAAUGGGUCUUUGCCUUCAAUGCAUUUCUCAGCAUCAUCAAGCCCAACACAUGUAUAACACGGAGUAUGAGUCUAGUUCUAUUGGUCCUCUUCUCGAUGUCUUGCAGAAGCUUGAUUGUGAAAGGGUGACAUUACGUCUGAGGGAUGUGAAUAGAAAAAUAGCAGGGGAAAUGUAUGAUCCUGCCUGCGAUAAUGCAGAAGUUGUUAAUGUUUUGUAUGAGGUGUUGAUGUUCCCAUUCCUCUUAGAUUUUGAGUCUCUAUUCACUGAGUUUGAGUUGUUUGUUGAAGCUAUCGACAAUAAGCAUGAGUUGGCUUUGUCUGGGCAUCAACAAUUUCCGGGAGUUUAUGCACUACUAUUUUGCAAGAGAAGCGUUCGUUCUGUUGGAUAUCGUUUAGCAGGAUCAAUGGGCAAAAUCAGGAGAGCAACAGACUUGGAACCUUUGCAGCCAUUGCUUAAGAAAUUUAUUGGCUGUUUAGAGGCAGAUGCUUUACCAGUGGCUUUGGAGACCUCAACACCAAGAACUCAAUUGGAUCGUGUGUCUUUAUGGAUUGGUAUCAAAUCACUGCUUGGCUUCUUGGACCCUUCAACUUUUGAAGAAGGGAUAUUGGAACGGUAUCCGUUUUUUGUCGAUAUUGUACUCAAUCAUAUUAGUGGUGAUUCACUUGAAUUUUCACACGCCGUUACUUGCUUGAGACUCCUCUUUGAAAUGCUUGGUUGUAAGCUUUGGUUAAGGUCUACAUUGUCUCCAAGUGUAAUGCGCAACACUCUAAUUGGUCAAUGCUUCCAUACUUGCAAUGAGAAAAUCCAUAAAGAUAUUUUUGGUCUAUUCCAACCUUUUCUACAGUCUCUUGAAGCUUUGCAAGAUGGAGAGCUUGAAAAGCAGCGUAGGUAUUUUCUCUAUUUUUUGCUCCAUCAAGUGCCAGUGAGCAGUAACUUCAGCGUUCUAACAAGGAAAUUGGCAUGUCAGAUAGCGCUUCAUAUUGUACACCGAGGUUACAAGAUGAACCCGCCUUGUCCUCCCUUUGAGUGUGCACAUAUGUGGGGGCCUUCCCUUGUAUCAUCUCUGAAGGACUCCUCGCUCCACAGUUCUUUAAGGCAACCUGCAUUUGACCUUAUACAGACCAUCAUAGUUUCAGAUGCUACUGCAUUACUGCAUUCAGUGCUGAAUUGCUGCACAACUCUGAGCACUGAUCGUGGCAUUACAGAUGAGGUCAUUAAGUUGGAUGAUGAAAAUGAUGAUAUUUGUCUGCCAUCUUUUCCAGACAGCAAAGAGAAUGAUAAUAGUAGUUCUUGGAGUCACUUCAAAGUUCAAAGUGGAAUAACUUCUCAAGAUUGCCGACAGUGGAUAUGCAUUCCCAUGUUAUGGGUUGACGUUUUAGUUGAUAUUAAUCCCUCAGUCCUUCCAAUUUCAUUUUCCAAAGCUGUUUUCUGGGCACGAUCUCGUUUUCCUUUGGUAGAAUAUGAGAAUAGUGCAGAAAUGGUGCUUCCAAACAGAUCUUUCCUUUCAUCUUAUGCUCCAGAAAUUUCCUCUUCAUUUGAAUGGAAGGUUCCAACUGGAACUGAUGAUGGUGGAGAUGGAAACAAAUCAAAAAACUCAGUUGAAGUGUUGACUAUGUCUCGUCCUUUAUUAAGAACAUUUAUUAGGUUAACUGCACAUUUUUUAGUCCAGAUAAGACAUGGAGAACUUCGAAGUCAGUGGACUUGGGAACCAUUGAUGAGUGAAAGCUUAAUCCUUUCACUCUUAGACCCGAAUGAUGAUGUUAGACAAUUUGGAAAGUCUAUGUUAGAACAAAUUUCAGAUACUCGGGGUCUUUCAAGUGGAUUGAAAUUUCUCUGUUCUCACAAGACCUCUUUGUAUGCAACUAUUCAGGGCCUCAAGCAUGCUAUGGAACUGGUGCAACUGGAUUCUGUUCUGUUGAAGUUUCAUACGCUACAUCAUUUUUGGUUUCUUUUAUGCAAAUUACUCAAAGAUGAGGGUCUACUUGCCCCAGAGUUGCCCGAUAAUACACAUAGUGUCUUGAGAAUGCCAAAAUUCUCCUCACAGGGUGGGUUUUUAAAGCAGCCAGCUUUCAGUUCUUUGCCUGAGAAUGUUGUUAAAAAUGUUGCCAAUGUUGAACAAAGAACAAAGGAAAAAUUUGGAUGUUUGCUAUGUGAAAAGGCAUGGCAUAUUUUCUGUAGAUGCUUGGUAAAUGGCAAAAACUUCAUUGAUUACAAUCUUUGCCAGAUGACUUGUGUACGAUUACUUGAGAUUCUCCCUGUUCUUGUCAAUGAACUUUGUCUAUCUGGUGAUAAAGAGAUGGGGAAUCUCACAAUGCUUGUACAAAAUAAAUUGAAUUUCAAAUGGCUUCAUGAUCUUAUGGAAUGGGGGAAGUCAUCACUUAAAGUUGUAAUUGUAUAUUGGAAGCGUGCUGUUACUGAUAUCCUGAAUCAGCUGAAAGCUUCUUGUGAUAAAACUUCUCUGUCAACAAUCAUGACCAUAGAAAAUCUUAUUUUGAAUGAUGGUUAUACUUUGGAAGAAUUGACAGAACAACUGUCAUGCCUGUCCGUUUCUUUAUCUAGGGUAGGAUCUCAUAACUCUAAGGAGGAAACCGUGAACUCUGAAUCAUUGGUAUCUGGAAGAUUGCCAUUUGAGAAGGGCUGUUUUACUUCAGAUGUUCAUUCUUCAUCCAUGGAGUAUAUAGACUUACAAAAUCUGGACUCUAAAAAUGUGAUUGGCAACAAAAGCACUAACAGUGUAAUUAUUCUUUCCGAUGAUGAAGUGGAACCAAAAGUUUCUUCCAAGAAAGACAUUUUAUCAGUUGGUGAUGAUGUUCAUCACAUUUCUGAUGGCAAUAUUGUGCCCCAUGAUUUUGGUACUAGCUUACCAGCUGCUGACCCUUCAAACCAGAAUGUUUCAUUCAUUAAAACUUUGAAGAAAAGGAAGGAGUCCUUCCAGAAAAAGGCCAGUUUUGGUAAUUUAAAUGAUAAGCCUGUGGUGACUUCGUUUAUUGAUUCAGAAGGCUCAGACAGUUGUAGGAAAGAAGCAAGUUCAAAAUCCAAGGAUAUGGACAAUUUGACAAAGCUUUCGGAUGAAGGUGCCAAUGCUAAAAAUUUGAAUAAAACUCGUGGCAGCAUGGCUCCCAAAACUGUUGACACUGUGUCAAGUACUUGUAGUAAAACGUUAUGUGAUCAAGGUGCAGAUGGUGAUCCCCUAGAGACUGCAUUAAAAUCUGUGGGACGUGUCCAGUUGCAUGUACCAAAGCCUACAAUUUUGAAAAGACAAGUUAUUCAACUCAAAACACCCUUUGAAAACAAAUCUAGUUAUCUUCGUAAAUUGGAGGAUCCAAUGAAAAGAUUCAGGCCACCAAGGUUGGAUGAUUGGUAUAAAGCUAUUCUUGAGAUAGAUUAUUUUGCAACAAUUGGAUUGUCAUCCAAGAGAAAAGAUGAAAACCAAACUGUUAACAAAUUAAAGGAAGUUCCUGUAUAUUUUCAAUCUCCUGAACAGUAUGUUGAGAUAUUUCAGCCAUUAGUUUUGGAGGAGUUCAAAGCACAGCUACAAAAUUCUUUUCUUGAAAUGUCUUCAUGGGAGGAUAUGCUUUAUGGAGUUCUUUCUGUGAUGUCAAUUGAGAGAAUUGAUGAUUUCCAUAUUGUACGCUGUGUCCAUGAUGAUGGUGAUUCUGCAAAAUGUAGGAGCUUUGCUGAAAAUGACUUUCUUUUGCUAACAAAAGAUCCUCCUAAAAAAUCUUCUCAUGAUGUUCAUAUGGUUGGAAAGGUUGAAAGGCGUGAGAAAGACAAUAAAAGAGGUUCAAGUAUUAUUCUCAUCAAAUUCUAUUUUCAAAAUGGUUCUUUACGAUUAAAUCAAGCUAGAAGGAAUCUCACUGAACGAAGUAAAUGGCAUGUUUGUCGUAUAAUGAGCAUUACCCCACAAAUGCGAGAAUUUCAUGCACUGUCAUCAAUAAAAGACAUCCCUUUGCUUCCUCUCAUUUUGAAUCCUGUCAACAAUUCCUUUUGUUUCAACGAAUGUAAAGAGGUAGAUCUCACCAAUUUGUGCCAGUCAUUGCAGCAAACUCUGAGGUCAACAUUUAAUGUCAGUCAACUUCAAGCAAUAAGUGUUGCUAUUGGAAGGGCCAAAGCAAAAAAGACUAUUGAAUUAUGUCUAAUUCAGGGUCCUCCAGGAACUGGGAAGACUCGGACUAUUGUUGCAAUUGUCAGUGCUCUUCUAGCUUCUCAACCAAAGAUGAGUUGUCUAAAAAAUCCUUCAGGUGAAAACUUGUACCAAAAUUCUUCUACAUACUCAAGACCGAAGGUUAGUCAGAAUGCUGCCAUUGCAAGGGCAUGGCAAGAUGCAGCAUUGGCCAGACAGUUGGCCAAUGAUAUGCAAAAUUCUUCAACAUCUUUUGGAAAUUAUGUGAGACAGAGAGUGCUUAUCUGUGCUCAAUCUAAUGCUGCAGUGGAUGAGUUGGUGGCAAGAAUUUCUAGCCAUGGCCUUUAUGGCAGUGAUGGGAAAAUGUACAAGCCUUAUCUCGUGAGGGUUGGAAAUGCAAAAACAGUUCAUUCAAACUCAUUGCCAUUCUUUAUUGAUACAUUAGUUGAUCAACGUGUAGUUGAAGAGAGGAUGCAUUCAAAUGUUGUGAAUAGUGAUUUAGGGGUAGAUUCAUCAGCCAUGCUGCGGUCUAAAUUAGAGAAACUAGUUGAUUCUAUUAGGUUUUACGAAGCCAAGCGUGCUAACUCAAAGGAUCAGAAUUCUAAUGUUAAAAGUCAUCUGUAUAAUGAUUCUCUUAAGACAAAUGAGAAGGAAAUGUCAGAGACAGAAAUUGAAAUGGAGUUACGGAAACUGUAUGAUAAAAAACGACAAAUAUAUAAAGAUCUUUGUAGUGUUCAGACUCAGGAGAAGAAAGCCAAUGAAGAAACCAAGGCUCUUAGGAAUAAGUUGCGGAAGGCUAUACUAAAGGAAGCUGAAAUAGUGGUAACUACAUUGAGUGGCUGUGGUGGGGAUCUUUAUGGGGUGUGCUCUGAGAGAAUGUUAAACUCCAAGUUUGGGGGGACAUCUGAACAUACCCUUUUCGAUGCUGUUGUAAUUGAUGAAGCUGCCCAAGCUCUUGAGCCAGCUACUCUGAUUCCUCUUCAGCUUUUAAAGUCAAGUGGAACCAAAUGCAUUAUGGUUGGUGACCCAAAGCAGCUUCCUGCAACUGUCCUCUCAAAUGUUGCCAGCAAAUUUCUUUAUGAGUGUAGCAUGUUUGAACGCUUACAAAAGGCUGGGCAUCCUGUUAUUAUGCUUUCGGAACAGUAUAGGAUGCAUCCAGAGAUUUGCAAGUUCCCAUCAUUGCAUUUCUAUGACAACAAAUUACUGAAUGGAAGCCAAAUGUCUAACAAAUCAGCACCAUUUCAUCAAAUCAAUGGUCUUGGGCCAUAUGUGUUUUAUGAUAUCAUUGAUGGCCAGGAGGUUCGUGGUAAAAGUUCUGGUGUAAUGUCACUUUGUAAUGAGCAUGAAGCUGAUGCUGCGGUUGAAGUACUAAAGCUUUUCAAGAAAAGGUACCCUGCUGAAUUUGUUGGUGGAAGAAUUGGUGUGAUUACUCCAUACAAGUCUCAACUUUCCCUUCUGCGAUCUCGGUUUCUUAAUGCUUUUGGAUCUUUGAGUGCAGCGGAUAUUGAAUUUAACACUGUGGAUGGUUUUCAAGGUAGGGAGGUGGAUAUAUUGUUACUUUCUACUGUAAGAGCAGCUCAUUCAGGUGUUACUACUUCCGUAGUAAACUCAAACUCUAUUGGAUUUGUUGCUGAUGUGAGACGGAUGAAUGUUGCCUUGACAAGGGCCAAGUUAUCACUUUGGAUUUUGGGUAAUGCUAGAACUUUACAGACUAACCAGAACUGGGCUGCUCUUGUGAAGGAUGCUGAAAAAAGAAACUUGAUAAUGAGGGCUAAGAUGCCAUAUCAUUCAAUGUUCAAAACAGAUAAAAAUAAUUGCUCUGUUGAAAAUUUUGAUAAUCACGCAAGACCAUUGAAACAUGAGAAGAAGGUUAAGGAUAGUGACCAGACUAUAAACAAAAUUUUGCUUCAUGGAAAGGAUACUGUUGAAAUGAAAAAGAAACGUGUUGCCUCUGAAGUCUGGGACAGGAAUAAGGGUAAUGGGGAUGAGAAGUCUUCUUCAGCUUUGGGAAAAUAUGCUCCAUGUAAGGGAAGGAAAUCUGAAGAUGAGCAUUUCUCCAUUACUAAGGAUAUGGGAAAUAAAACAUUGGGUAAAAGACAAUUAAAAUUUCAACAAUCAAGGAACAAUUUAGACUUUCCAGUGGAAGAGGCAAGUGGUGGGCAAAAGGUAUCAAAAAGACCAACUUUGCAUUCUGGAGGGAAUAGGAGUAGUUCUACUGAAAUUUCUGUUUCCUCAAUGAAAGGCAGUCACAAAGAGAAAGAUGCAGUUGAUCAAGGUACUGCUUCUAAUAAAAUUAAAGUUGAUGAAGUUUCAAAAAGGAAACAGCAGCGUGAAGCUGUAGAUGCUAUUCUUUACUCAUCUUUGAUAUCUACAAAGAAGGAAGACACUGUGACAAAAGUUUCUGCAAAAAGGCCCUUUUCCUCAUCUGUUGCUAGUAGGAGUAUCAAGCCGUCUAAGAGCAAAAGUGGUAAACUUCUGCCUUGACUUGUUUAGUAUGAUUUAUCUUUUAGUUGAUUUGAAUACAAGGAUGCUAAGAAAGUAAUACUCUAUAUCCUUGAUAACAAAGGCUAAUCUGCUAGGGAAUUUUUCUAUC